AUGAUCAAUUUCAGCAGACUCUUCAUUUCCGUUGCCCUCCUUUUCGGAGUGGUCUUGGUCCUCUUCUCUCACAACGUUGAGGCUGCCAAGGGCCCCAAGAUCACCAAGAAGGUGUACUUCGACAUCAAGCACGGCGAUGAGGAGCUCGGCCGCGUUGUCUUUGGCCUCUACGGCGGCACUGUCCCCGAGACCGCUGAGAACUUCCGAGCUCUUGCCACUGGCGAGAAGGGCUUUGGUUAUGAAGGAUCUACCUUCCACCGAGUCAUCAAGGACUUCAUGAUCCAGGGCGGUGACUUCACCAACCACGACGGCACUGGUGGCAAAUCCAUCUACGGCAACAAGUUCAAGGACGAGAACUUCAAGCUCAAGCACACCAAGCCUGGUCUGCUCUCCAUGGCCAACGCCGGCAAGGACACCAAUGGCUCCCAGUUCUUCAUCACCACUGUCAUCACCUCUUGGCUCGACGGCCGACACGUUGUCUUCGGCGAAGUCCUCGAGGGCUAUGACAUUGUCGACAAGAUCCAGAAGGUCGAGACCUCUCGAGGCGAUAAGCCCGCCAAGCCUGUCACGAUCGCCAAGAGCGGCGAGCUGGAAGUUCCUCCUGAAGAAUUCCAAGACGAUGAAACGGAAGUAGUCAAGCCACCUAUCGUGCUAGAGGCGCCAAAGAGCGGAUACACCGGCACCCAGACAAUCCUCUUCCUGGGCAUUGUCUUCGCCGCGGUCAUGUUCUUCAUCCAGCACCAGAAGCGCCAGACCAAGGUUGUCGAUGAGAAGUCAAGAGGCUUGAUUGCUUAA